GGGAAAUGAAGGAGUAAGCAAGAUUGUGCCUGCAACACAGAUUCACUCUCUCACAGUACAGCUGACAUUAAGAGAAGACAGACAUGGUUGGAGACAAACUGGAGGAGAGAGCAAGGAGCGAGUGAGAAAAACAACAAGGAAUCAGCAGCCAGCCUUGGCCACCUUAUCUUUUCCAUCUAUAUACGGAAACCACUGGAUAAUUUAUAAGCCUCUCCCUCUCGCUCUGUGUUAGUAGUGUGUGUGUGUGUCAGAGAGAGAGAGAGAGAGAGGGGGGAUUUGCUGAGCUCACCACCACCAUGCUGUGUCCUGCUGCUGUCAGUGCAGCUGCUGCGGCUGUCUGGCUGCUGGCAGUGCUGGGCCCAGGCCUGUCUCUUCCAGCUGAGGACAACUCAGAGCCAGGCUUCACCCACUGCAGUCACUGCUUCUACAGACAGACGCCUCCUCAGGGAGACUCUGCAGGGUCGCUGCUGCGCCCACUCUGCCACAGACUGCCCAGGGGACGGGAGUUUGCCACUCUGUCCAAACCAACCUGUGACACAGCUGUCUACUCUGCCUUCCAUCUCAGCCACGGAUGGACAGAGGAAGAGGAGGGGGAAGAGCUUGUGACAGAGGUGGAAGAUAACAUUAAAGUAGCAGUACCAUCUCUCCUCGGAGGAGGCAGGAAUCCAUCUCAUCCUGUCUCGCCCACAGACUCCCCUCUUCAAGACUGGGAUUCAACAGUCACAACACUAGUUCAGUCAAGCAUCAGUCCCCACUGCAGCACUUUAGGGGGUGAUCUGUACAUCCUGACUGGGGCGGGAGGUCUCAGGGCUGCUGAAGAUGGAGACGAGGAAUGUCAGAUGAAGCCGCUGUGGUCCGCAGUGUGCUGCGCUGUCCCAGGGGGGAAGGGUGGCUUCAGCGUGGGGCUAAUCAGAGAGACAGGAGAAGGGGAGAGACAAGUGAGCAUGAGGGAGCUGGAGGAGAUGCUGGGAGUGGCAGAAAUGUUCUCUGAAGGCUGUGGAGGGGCAGAUUCAGAGACCGUUGGGGUGGUGGUAGGUCUUCACAGUGAAGGGCACCCUGGAAAUAUAGAAAAGAGGGAUGCACAUACAGACACUGAAGACACCGAAGGCGAGACAACCCUUGAUGCUCAGGCUGAGAAAACGGAUGAAGCCAGGAAACAGGAAACUUCAGCAGAUGCAGGGAAAUCAGGAAGCAGCAGUGAAAAGCGGGGUGAUGUGAGGCGUUCAGGAGCUGUCACAUCAGAGUCCUCUGAGUCCUCAGCUGACUAUGAGACUGUGGAUGAACAAGAGACAGACACAAAUUCCAGCAGCAUUCUGGUCUACAUCCUUUCCACUACCAUGUCCAUUCUUAAAGCUCCACUGCACCCUGUGGUCUCCAGAGUCAUACAGUUACCUGGACAGGUGACGUAUGUUCUUCAGGAAGACAUUGGAGUCCUCUCUGCCCUGCCUGGAGAUACCUUCUCCCUGUUCCACCUCUUGACCUCUGACCUCUUGUCUUGGAUGGGCUUAGCUGCAGAAAUGCUGCUUGGUGUCGGGGAAACCUGUUUCUUCAGCGUCUACUACUGCACCUCGGCCAUUCUGGGAGCCCUGAUGAACAGCUGUCACACUGGGGUUACUGGCAUGGGGACCCUGGCCGGUGACACAGUGGGGGUAUUUGGUGAUGCGUUGGAUAAUGCUUGGUGGGUGACCACGUUCUUUGGAGGGCGGCUGUGGGAGCAAAGUGAGGGUUAUGUAGAAACAAUGGUGUCCGAGAUGGGGGGUCAGGCCAAAGCUGUAGGUGGAGGGGUGGGGAAACUGGUGUGCAGAAGUGGAAAUGGAGUAGGUAAUGUGUUCAGGCUGGGAGGGGGUUUAAUAAUGGGGAUGGUGGAUUUGCUCACUGGUACGGUGAGAGAGGCAUUUGGGCAGGAAUCAGAAUGAAGGAGGGAAGGACCAGACUUGAGAUGGGGCCAUUAGUAACAAACUUUUCCAAAUGUUUGCUCCAGUUUUCUCCAGUUUUGGUUGGUAAAUUUCUUCAGCAGAGAGUGUGAAAAUAAGGAAAAACUUUGAGAAGCUGAUGUCAUUUUAUAUGCCUUAGCUGUUGUAGAAUGAUUGCCACAUGUGACCAUCACAUUUCUUAUAAUGUAGGUCUUACACUUCACCGUGGAAAGCUGGCUGUUCAAAUAAUCUGCUGUAUUUGCGAGCUGACCCAACUGUGAUUUAAAUAACACUGUGCACACUGUUAUUUUGGAUGUAAUUGUUCAGGACUACUCUUGUAUGAUACUUGUGUACAUUUGAAUAAAAGAGAAUGCUGGCUUGCCACUGU